CACAAAAGCGCGUGAGUUUUCGACAUAUAGUAACAUAAACUGAGACAUAUCUUUGGUACUACAUGGGAAAAAGUAAAAACAUAGUCAAAAUUGUUGUCUUUGUAUUUGUUUUUUGAGUUUCAAGAAUGGCAAAAUUAGAAGAAGAACCAACAUCAUCGAUUCAACAACAUCAACAACAAGCACCAUAUUCAUACAUGUUACUGUUGAACAUAAUGAGCAAAAGAAGAACAUGGGCAUGUCUAUUUUUCCUUGUUUACGGUACCCUUUUAGCUUCUUCAUGGAAUUUUCUCAAAUCAAUGCUUUCUUGGUACAAUUUACAAGCUCAAUCAUCAACCUCUGGUUGGCCUGCAAUCUAUGCAUCUGUUCUUCUUGGAACUGUUUUUGGUUUGCUUUCAAUGGUUGCUGCUUUGGUUAUUAUGGUUCCUGCAGUUAUGGUGACGUGGAUAACCAUAGUUGUUUUGUUGGCUUUUUUUGGAAAACCUAGGAGGACUUUGGUGGUUGAAGGGAGGAAGAUUACUGGUGAAAUUUUCAGUUUUGUCAUUAAGAUUUUGCUGAAAGAAGGGAAUGUUGUUGCUGCUGUUUGUGCUGUUUUGGGGUAUUUUGUUUUGGUUAGAAGGAAUAGUGAAUGAUUAAUGAAUGAUUUUGGAUUUGAUUUGGUGGAGUUUGUUGUUCAGUGGUUGAUUUUGAUUUUGGUAGAUAGGGUUUGCAAAUCAUGCUAGCUGGUGGGUGUGAUUUGGUAAAGUGGCUUAAUUAAUUUUUUUUUUUUUUUUUUGUGACAGAGUAGGAAUCAAAUUACAUAGUUGAAAUCAAACUUGAAAAAUGUUGUUUUGAUGCUAAUCUGGUUUCUGAUUAUGGUAAAUGCAAGUGUUGUAGAUUCAUUGAUUUCAUGACUUAUUACAAGCUCAUUAGUUUUAGUGAUUCAA